UUACGACAUCAACAAACCGGUUGAAAUAAUAAUAGGAAAUUCGCUGAUUUUUGAAGUUAUUCGUGGCCAGUCCUUUGCCAUCGCGGGUGGUUGUGUGAAUCAAAAUGAAGUCCUUAGUAUUAGCGGUUGUCAGUUUAUUGACAAUUUAUUCAAUAAAUUGUGAAGUUUAUUUCGAAGAAAAGUUCCCUGAUGACUCAUGGGAGUCCAAUUGGGUAUACAGUGAGCAUCCUGGAAAAGAGUUUGGCAAAUUCAAGUUGACUGCCGGAAAAUUCUACAACGAUCCUGAAGAAGAUAAAGGCCUAAAGACCUCUGAAGAUGCCAGGUUCUACGCUCUCUCACGAAAAUUUAAGCCGUUCAGCAAUGAAGGCAAGCCCUUGGUUGUUCAGUUCUCCGUCAAACAUGAGCAGGAGAUUGACUGUGGAGGUGGCUACGUGAAGGUGUUUGACUGCAAGCUUGAUCAGAAAGAUAUGCAUGGAGAGUCUCCUUACGAGAUUAUGUUUGGCCCUGAUAUCUGUGGUCCAGGCACCAAAAAGGUGCAUGUGAUCUUCAGCUACAAAGGCAAGAACCAUUUGAUCAAGAAAGAUAUCCGCUGCAAAGAUGAUGUGUACACUCACUUGUACACACUCAUUGUUAAACCCGAUAACACAUAUGAGGUUCUCAUUGACAACGAGAAAGUAGAAUCUGGUGAACUUGAAGCUGAUUGGGACUUCUUGCCGCCUAAGAAGAUCAAGGACCCUGAAGCUAAGAAACCAGAAGAUUGGGACGAUAGGCCUACCAUCCCAGAUCCCGAUGACACCAAACCAGAGGACUGGGACAAGCCCGAGCACAUCCCUGACCCUGAUGCCACCAAACCCGAAGAUUGGGAUGAUGAGAUGGACGGCGAGUGGGAACCACCAAUGAUCGACAACCCUGAAUACAAGGGUGUCUGGGCUCCUAAACAGAUCGAUAAUCCUGCAUACAAGGGUCCUUGGGUACAUCCUGAGAUUGAUAAUCCUGAGUAUACUCCAGACUCGUCAUUAUACAAGCGCAACGAGCUCUGCGCGGUCGGUCUCGAUCUAUGGCAGGUCAAAUCUGGCACCAUAUUCGAUAACUUCCUGUUCACUGAUGACGUAGAGGUCGCUAAAGAGAGGGGAGAGGCGAUCAAGAAGACACAGGAGGGUGAGAAGAAGAUGAAGAAUGAACAAGAUGAAAUUGAAAGGGCGAAGGAGAAGGCUGAGAAACCUGAUGAUGAAGAUGACGAGGAUCUCGAUGAUGAGGCGGGCGAUGCUGCGCCUAUGGAGGACCACGACGAGUUGUAAACAAGAAGUCGCGUGAGUGAGUGUAGAGACAAUAAGUGACAGCGUAUAUGUGUGUGUGCGAGCGUGUCACGUGUAGAUGCAGUUUAAGUUACGCUCAGUUGUGUGUUCCACUCUUCUAUAGCUAUUCAAUUAAUUUAUGAGGUUGUCCUCUCUAAAUAUAUUCCAAUGUUCGGACUGCAGGCGAUUGUCGUAUGAAGAACGUACUGAGUUCUUUUGUAUAUAAGGUUUAAAUUGUAACGGCACUGUUGCGCGUAUAUAGUUCUUUAUACGGGUAACUUUGCUGUUUUGUCUUCUUAAUGUUAAUUGAUGGCACCGUGUGCCGUUUUGUAAUAUUUUGGAUUUAUUCUACAGUGUGAGUUGUUGUAGCCUAAAUGUUUUUUUUUUUUGUAAGAAAUCGACUGAUAUUGUAAAAUAAAUCGCGAGUGGUGUACGAUUCUCAUUUAUGUUGUGAAAUGAGUAUUAAAUUAAUAUAUAAAUUAUUACAGACUUUUAUUUUACAUUUUUAUUUAUGUAUAGUGUUCCGAUAU